AUGACGGCGGCGGCGAUGGUGAUCAUCUCGCUGGUACUGGUGUUGCUGGGGACGCCCUCCCUUCCCACCGCUGCGGCUGCAAAAGGCGAGAGAGCGUUGACCAACGAUGGACCGGUGAGGAGCAAGUCGCCCGACUCCGCUGCCUUUUCGGCCAGGAGCCUGCAGGAGGGAAACUGUACCGAGGACACGGUCUUCGUGGACUCUCUCAUCACGAACCUUGGCUACCCCAUCGGCGGCUGCUACGACAUGGCCACCACGUUGCUCCGGGGGUUCCCAUUCUAUGCCCUGGGGGGCGGUGCGGCGGCGGGAGACGCCUGGAUUUACGUUUCCACCGCGGGGAGCUGGGAGAUCGGCACCGUCGACGAGGUGGACGAUAGCACUGGGGGCGUGUCCAGCCUGUCGGCGGUGUGCACGUCGGAAGGGCUGCUGGCGGCAGACUUUCCGGAGGGGGACAACGGACCCACCAGCUCGCAGCUCGACGGCGCCUGGCAAUGCAAGUGCAAAUAA